AUGGCCAACGAGGAAAUGGUCAAAUACACGUCGCUUCUCCAGAGAGACUCAACUAUUGCGAGGUUUAAAUCGUCCUAUGAACAAUGUCGCGUUCGUUCUAGAACCUCGAACGUACAAGCAACAGACGGGGAGAUGAUGGCAGUUUGCGCCUAUCUUGCAGGGCGCGAAGUAGCCGGAACAGCUGCGACUCGCGAGACGUGUGCUAGGCUGGCCUGUAUGACCGCCAAAACGUUCGAUCGCGUUGAGGAUGCCAUCCGCAAGCUACUCAAUCAAGGGACAUCGAGAAAAUCUUUGACUGUAACCUCCCUUGCCGAAAAAUAUGGGUUCCCCGAAGACGAUUUGGAGGCGGCGCGAGGCGUCGAGUCUGCACUCAAGUAUAGCAUCACUCGGGAACUACAAGAUGAGCGAGUAGUCUGUGGAGUUUUCUCCAUAGUCUGUAAAAACCUUGGAUAUUCAUCAGUUGCUUGGCUCAAAGAGGAGGCAAAGAUACACGAUCUCGACUUGAAAGAGGUCAGCUUGGUGACCAAGAGACUUGAAGGUGUCCAGGGCGAGCAGAUAGAAACAGUAAUACGGCGGUACAAGGAAGGUGGUCGACCAUCCCGACGCAAGCAGUCGUCUCAAAAGGCUCUUCAUCUUUCUUCAGUAACGAGGAGCUCGCCUUCUCCUGUGAAGCGAAAAGCACCAGAAGAAUCAUUACCAAGGCCAAGUCCGCUCAAGCGACCAAAGUAUUCCAUGGAGUCUGUUCCAUCUACUGCUCCUUCUUCACAGCGAGCUGCAUCUUCAGUACCUCCCUCUCCAUCCGAGGCCACUUCUUUCCGCAGCUCAAUCGUCAACGACUUGGUUGUAGACGACCCCGACCCAGAGGGUGGACCGGAAAAUGAAGACGGAGAGCCUGACUGGGAUGAGGAGUAUCUGGUCGAUUUGGAAGAUAUUGGAGGCCUUACCUGGGAGGACCUUGCCCAAGCUCGGCAAAAGGUGCUCACAUCGCGUUCAGCAACCAGACCACCAAGGUUAGUAUUCGCAGAUCGAGUUUUUUGGAAUAGUAGUAUCGUAUAA